GUCCAGGGUCAGAAAUGCCUUAUGUGGAUCGCCAGAAUCGCAUCUGUGGUUUCUUAGACAUUGAGGAAAAUGAGAAUAGUGGGAAAUUCCUGCGGCGGUACUUCAUCCUGGACACGCAGGAGGACAACCUGGUGUGGUACAUGGAUAACCCACAGAAUCUUCCCUCUGGAUCUCCACCUGUUGGGGCCAUUAAACUUACCUAUAUUUCAAAGGUUAGCGAUGCAACUAAGCUGAGGCCAAAGGCAGAGUUCUGUUUUGUUAUGAAUGCAGGGAUGAGAAAAUACUUUCUACAAGCCAAUGAUCAGCAGGACCUAGUUGAAUGGGUAAAUGUUCUGAACAAAGCUACCAAAAUCACAGUACCAAAGCAGUCUGAUCCUCUCUGCCAAAUGGAAAAUGCAAAUCGUCAAGCUGAAAGCCCAGGUGGGAAGAAGCAAGUCUCUUACAGGACAGAAAUUGUUGGUGGUGUUCCCAUCAUUACACCCACCCAGAAAGAAGAAGUCAGUGAGGGCAGUGAAGGGGCUGACAGGAAUUAUUUGAAGAGGUCACAAAGUCACCUUCCUUAUUUUGCUGCUAAGCAUCCCCCAGAUAAUGCCAUUAUCAAAGCUGGUUACUGUGUCAAACAAGGAGCAGUGAUGAAGAACUGGAAGAGAAGAUACUUUCAAUUAGAUGAAAACACAAUAGGAUAUUUCAAGUCUGAACUGGAAAAGGAACCUCUCAGGGUUAUACCACUUAAGGAGGUCCAUAAAGUUCAGGAAUGCAAACAGAGUGAUAUAAUGAUGAGAGACAAUCUCUUUGAAAUUGUAACAACUUCUCGAACCUUUUAUGUGCAGGCUGACAGCCCCGAGGACAUGCACAGCUGGAUCAAGGCCAUUUCUGGGGCCAUCGUGGCGCAGCGGGGACCGGGCAGAUCGGCGGCUUCCAUGCGGCAGGCCAGAAGGCUGUCGAAUCCUUGUAUACAGAGGUAUACAUCAAGAACUGGUGAAUGCAGCACGAGCAUCCCGAGUCUUCUGCCGAGCCCGGCCAUGCUGUCCGUGCAGCCAGCUCACAUUCCACAGCCCCUCACUGCAGCCCUGUGGCCUCAGCCCCUCACCCCAAACCCCCUGCCUUGGAGAAACGAGGAUUUCACGAGUCUUUUACCAAGGCCAAGCCAAGGAGCUACAAGAUCCAGGCUGUCGCUCCAAGAGAAUCAACUUCCAAAGUGACUGACCGGGGUCCCUGGGAACCCCGGAGCAAAAAUGGCACUCAGGAACAGGAUCCUGGCCUUGUGGAUCUGGAUGAUGCAAGCCUUCCAGUUAGUGAUGUGUAGGGAUGGAAGUGUUUGGAGAAUGAUCCAUUUGUUCGGUCCUUUAAUUUCCUUGCUCGGACUUUGAACCAAAGAAAAUUCCAGGAAAUGAGAACAAAAAAAAAAAA